UGCCAAAUCCCAUUAAGCAUUUCCCUUUCCAUUCCCCCCCCCCAGCAUCAUGAAGGAACACAAUCUCCCCAGGGCCGUCGCCCUCGCCCUCCUCACCACAUGCUCCACCGCCCAGCUCUACCCCCUCCAAUCCCCCCUCAACCACACCUGCCAACUCCAACAACCCCUCUUAUCCUGCCCCUCGCAAGAUGCCUCCCAGGUAGACUCGUGCUGCACCGAAACCUUUGGCGGCCUCCUCCUCAGCACCCAAUUCUGGAACACGUACACGGGUCUCGAAUCCUCAGGCCAGUACCUCCCCAAAGACAGCUGGACCCUGCACGGCCUCUGGCCCGACUUUUGCAACGGAAGCUACACCCAGUACUGCGACCUAAGCCGGCAGUACGACCCCAUCCCCUCGCCCAACACGACAAACGGCCUGCCAAACGGCACCGUCGUCGUCCCGUACACAGGCCCGAACAUCGACACUUUCCUCGAGCCCUUUGGCCGCUACGACCUCCUCGAGUACAUGUCCACGUACUGGGUCGCCUGGCAGCAAGACAACGCCGGCUUCCACGGCCACGAAUUUUCUAAACACGCAACUUGCUUUUCGACCUUCAACCUGCCUUGCUAUGGCCCCUUGUACCGCCAGCACGAGGAUGUCGUCGACUUUUUCGAGACGGCCGUCAAGUAUUAUAAGCGCUUUCCCACGUUUGAGUGGUUGAGCGAGGCCGGUAUUGCGCCGACGAAUACGUCAAGGUAUUCGUAUGAUGAGCUUGUGGCCGUGCUGGCCGAGAGGCAUGGUGGUGUCCCGUUUUUGGGGUGCAGUGGGCCUAGGUUCAAUGAAACGCCUGCGGGGAGGAAUAGUACGGAUAGGGGUUUUACCGUCUUGAAUGAGGUGUGGUAUUAUGAGCACGUCUACGGGCGCCCUCAGGAAGGAAACACCAUUCCUGUUAAUGCGUCGGCGAGCUACCUGACAAACUGUGCAAAGACACAGGGCGCGAUUCUUUACCCGGAGCGAACGAAUGGAUCGGAAAAGGUUCCUACGGUUCCGUACUAAUAAAGCAAGUGUUAGUAGCUGUGCUGCAUCUUUUCUUGUACAUUUAUAGCAUAUGAAUAAUGAAUGCGGAUAGAAAAGGAACAGCAACGUGCAUGUGCAAAUGGCAGCAACAAUAAGACAAAAGGAAUUUAAAUUCAUAAGUAACCUA